CGUUUUGGUUCCGGGGCAGCGGCUCCUUCCUGCGGGCGGGCGGCGGAGCCGGGCCCGGGAGCCCUGGGCGGCCGCAGCAUGUGAGCGCCGGGGCGGGGAUGCUCUGGCUGCUCUGCGGCCCCUCCCGCGCCAUGGACGCCCAGGCGCUCGUCAUCCGCAUCAAGAUCCCCGACGGGGCCGCCGUGGACUGGACCGUGCACUCCGCGCCCCAGCUGCUCUUCAGGGACGUGCUGGAUGUCAUCGGCCAAGUUUUGCCAGAUGCAACGACAACAGCCUUUGAGUAUGAGGAUGAGGAUGGUGACCGGAUCACAGUCAGAAGCGAUGAGGAGAUGAAGGCCAUGCUGUCCUAUUAUUACUCCACUGUAAUGGAGCAGCAAGUAAAUGGACAGCUGAUAGAGCCUCUCCAGAUCUAUCCAAGAGCCUGCAAACCUCCUGGGAAACGGAACAUACAUGGCCUGAAGGUAAAUACUCGAGCAGGGGCUGCCAACAACAGCGGCUCGGCCGUGGCCGAUUCCCUGCCCAGCAAUAGCUUGAAAAAGUCUUCUGCAGAGCUGAAGAAAAUACUUGCCAAUGGCCAGAUGAAUGAACAAGACAUACGGUAUCGAGACAUCCUCGGUCACGGCAAUGGAGGCACAGUCUACAAGGCAUACCAUGUCCGUAGUGGAAAAAUACUGGCAGUAAAGGUCAUCCCCUUAGAUAUAACACUGGAACUCCAGAAGCAGAUCAUGUCAGAGUUAGAAAUUCUUUAUAAGUGUGACUCAUCGUAUAUCAUAGGAUUUUAUGGUGCUUUUUUUGUAGAAAACAGGAUUUCAUUGUGUACAGAGUUCAUGGAUGGGGGUUCUUUGGAUGUUUAUAGAAAAAUUCCAGAGCACGUCCUGGGGAGAAUAGCAGUGGCUGUUGUGAAAGGCCUGACCUAUUUAUGGAGUCUAAAGAUUCUGCACAGGGAUGUGAAGCCCUCCAAUAUGUUGGUGAACACCCGGGGCCAGGUGAAGCUCUGUGACUUCGGGGUCAGCACGCAGCUGGUGAAUUCUAUAGCCAAGACGUAUGUUGGAACAAAUGCUUACAUGGCGCCUGAGCGGAUUUCGGGGGAACAGUAUGGAAUCCACUCGGAUGUUUGGAGCCUGGGCAUUUCCUUCAUGGAGCUUGCUCUUGGGAGGUUUCCAUAUCCUCAGAUUCAGAAAAACCAGGGAUCUUUAAUGCCUCUCCAGUUAUUGCAGUGCAUUGUUGAUGAGGAAUCGCCGGUCCUUCCAGCCGGGGAGUUCUCGGAGCCAUUUGUACACUUCAUCACUCAAUGCAUGAAGAAGCAGCCAAAGGAAAGACCAGCACCUGAAGAUUUAAUGGGCCACCCCUUCAUCGUGCAGUACAACGACGGCAACGCCGAGGUCGUGUCCAUGUGGGUGUGCAGGAUGCUGGAGGAACGACGGGCCACCCAGGGCCCACAGUGAGCUGGGGGCAUCCCAGGAAACCAGAGCUCAUCCUGGACCAGGAGCACCAUCCCCACGCUUCGGACUCGCCCUUUCUCUGGAUCGUAUUUCCCUAAAAAUAUUUUCUAGGGGGUUUGUUGCUGCCUUUCCCUCACCGCCACACUAAAGGAAUUUUCUUCCCA